GAUCAAUGCCCAUUAAUCGACCUUGCUUACGCUGUGAAUGUAUUUUAUCCCUAAAAAUCAGUAUAUUUUAAUAUUCUGCCUUUGAUUCAAAUACAUAUGGGAUGUAUUUUAUUACUUUAAUAUGCCCUCAAUGGCAAUCCACCUCGACAUUUAUUAUUUAACUUGUACUAAACGAAUCGGGAAAAUCCGAUGCUAACCUUCAUACGGGUUUCAAUUAAAAAUAAUUACUAGUGAGCGCUUGAAACACGCCUUUGGGACGUUCCGCCACUAGAUGGCGGUAAAGUAACAAACCCCCGCCUCUACCUGAACCAGGUUACUUAUUUCUAGGGCGGAGGGGAACCUUUUUUAUUAGGAGGAGCUAUAACUAUAAGGGACAUGCAUGCAGUUACAGUCAGUCGCUGAUUUCUGCGUACAAGUGUAGCAUUUCAGUCUAGUCCAUACAACGUUAAAACUUAAACAUGAAGUAUUUAAACUGAGAUUCUUAGAAACACCAAGGAGCAGUGGGAGUAAUUCAUCACUUCGCCAUACAAAAUCUUCUGGAAGUACAUACCACAAUCCCUUCGAAAUCCCUCUUGCAGAGUCAGUACCCAGAGCUGCCCCAAGAGUCACUAAAGAAACAUCUCUGCUGCUGUCCUUAACAGCAGAAGCUCAGUGCAGUGUUGCCGCGGAGCAAGAGGCCUCACGCCAGCUCGCAGUCGGCGGGAUCAAGCGAAGCCAGGAGGAUGGUUCAUAAAGGAGAACAGAAACAGCCUUGCUUCCUCUUCUUCAUCUUGGCGUCCACUCUGCCCUGCCUGAGUGCAGAGUAUUCCAGCUGCGGGGAGAAUGAGUUCUACAACCAGACCAGUGGCAGCUGCCAGCCGUGUCCACCUUGCCAGCCAGGCCAGGAGCCCUAUAUGAACUGCGGCUACGGUGUGAAAGACGAUGACUACGACUGUGUCCCGUGUCCAGCGGGCAAGUUCUCCAAGGGGAAGUACGAGAUCUGCAGGCGACACAAGGACUGUGAUGCUUUGUACCGAGCCACCGUGCUGACGCCGGGAACAGCAGAGAGUGACGCUGAGUGCGGAUCCUGCCUGCCAGGAUAUUACAUUCUGGAGAACCGCCCACGAAACAUCUAUGGGAUGGUGUGUCACUCCUGCCAGAAUGCUCCGAAAAACAACAAAGAUUGCAUGCGGGCGGCAGUGGAGUCACCAGGCCGUGGUACCAGCAUGUCGACCAGCACCACCAUCUUUCCACACCCACACAAAGAUCCUACUGGACAGGGUCACUUGGCAACUGCCCUCAUCAUCGCCAUGUCAAUAAUCUUCAUCAUGGCCAUCGCCAUAGUGCUGAUCAUCAUGUUCUACAUCCUGAAGGCCAAGCCCAGCAGCCAAGCUUGUUGUUCUGGCCAGGUGGUGAAGACUGUUGAGCCUCAGUCAGACAGGCAGGAAGAGAAGAAGGACAUCCAAGAAAAUGUGGUCAUUUUCGCAGAAAAGGAUGAAUUUGACAAACUCAAACCCAGUCCCCAAAAAUCUCCAAAAAGUGAGAACGACGCUUCUUCGGAAAACGAGCAGCUGCUGAGCCGCAGCAUAGACAGCGACGAGGAGGCGGCCCUGGAGAAGCAGGGGGCCGCCGACAUGUGCCUGCUCUCACUGGUCCACCUCACCAGGGACAAGGCAUCCUCCUCUGCCAACAACAACAACAACAACUACAGCAGCAAGUUCACCGGAAACCGAAGGAAAAAGAUUUUGGGUCUUUACACAAAAGCCUGCAAUGUUUCAGAGGGGCAAAGCCCCACAGAGCUGCCCUUCGACUGCCUGGAGAAGACCAGCCGCAUGCUGAGCUCCACGUACAACACGGACAAGGCUGUGGUGAAGACGUGGCGCCACCUGGCGGAGAGCUUCGGCCUGAAGCGGGACGAGAUUGGCGGCAUGUCAGACGGCCUGCAGCUGUUUGACCGCAUCAGCACGGCAGGGUACAGCAUCCCCGACCUGCUCACCAGGCUGGUGCAGAUCGAGCGGCUCGACGCCGUGGAGUCCCUCUGCUCCAACAUCCUGGGAGCGGCUGAGGGGACCACCGCCGCCAGCGUGACCCUGUCCUCUCGGUGUGCCAGCGUGUGAGAUCCAGUCCGACCCCCCCAACAACAUGAAGAAUUGUACCACAUGGAUGGAGAGGCAAUACCAGGACCACAGCGAAAGACAUAAGGCCUGCUUGCUUGUUAAAGGCCUUCCAUGCAACAUAUUUUGGGUACUGAGACAGGCCGGACUUAAGAGUUACGCAAAGAAAAGACAGUGGAAAACUGGCUCUGUUCCCCUGACAGAUUUUCUUCGCCUUCAGUCCCACAUGGAGCACAGGAGUGUUGGUAAACUCUGGCGCAGGACGCUCAGAUCAGUAUUUACUCCAGGAUUUUCUUAACUGUCACAGUGGUUAGUUGCAUGUGUGAAUAAAUUCUACAGUUUGAGAUAUUCAGUGUAAUGGCACAAGUCCACUGGAAUGCAGGAACCAGGCCAUGCUCCAGCUGUACUGCGAAGAGAGACUAGUGACAGCAUGGUUCCAGCUCGCUUUGGCUUUUCGCUGCAGAUGGGUCGGUUCGGUAAAGGCGUUGCCGGGUUUGGACAACAACAGUGACAUAAAACCGAGGAGACUCUUAUUUACUUUUCACAUGGUGUACAUCAUGAUUUACUACGUGCUAAUUUCUGCUAGCGUGCCUGUGAGAAUCGCUGUGUUAUGUUAGCAUGAAAUAUUAGUGGAAUUAACAGUAGCUUUUGCAUUUAGAAUCCAGUCCAUUCGGCCAUUCUAUAGUACUUUUUUAAGUAGGCAGUUGGAAAUUUACAAGUUCCAAAUCCCUCAAUACAUUGCGAUGUGCGAUGCUACUAAUUAUGAAUAAUGAACAUAAUAUACCCUUUUUCCCUUCAGAUAAUCCAUGCAUGUCGACACAGAAAACCACUAUCUCCAUGCAGCUCAACCAAUCAGGUGGUGGUGAUGCAACCAGCUCAGUUCAGUCAUACUUUUGGCCCUGCUACUAAGCAAGGCCAUGUCAGAUCGGGUAUCGGUCAGGUACUGCUCGCAUAAUUAAUGCUUCUGUGAACACUCAUCCUGACCCAUCAGGAACAUUUCACACAGGAACUCGGUUAUAAUUUAGAACACUAGGGGAAUGUACAAUCUGAUCUAAUGCCUUCAAAAACCAGUCACAGCUAAGCAGAAUCUAAUCUAAUUAUAUUCUAUUUACUGAUAAGUUUACCUCUUCUGAGUUUAUUUCUUCAUCAUAAAUCCUUGAACUCACGAGUUUAAAUAUGCUUCCCUGCUGCUGCUUGUUAUUGCCGCUGGUCUUAAUUGGCUGAAAAUGCGGUUUCAGGUUAUAGAUAUAGUGCAGAGUCUCCUGACUGCUAACACCCACUAACCAAUAAAGACAGAGAGACUAACCAUUAAAGUAGCCAGUGCAAAUGGCUGUAUGGCUCCCUAAUUGUGAGCUAGGAGCAGCAUAGCAUGUUACUAUGUCAUUUGAUUCUUUAUGGCUUGUAAAGACUCAAUGAGCAGGUCUCCAGACAUUUAGCUGAAUUCUCAGUAUGCGUUGACUCAUUAUUAUAGCAUGUUCUCGCAGCACUUUUUAGUUGUCUAUUGAAAACAAGGUUGUGUGGAAGGUUGUGACAUUUCUUAAUGAGGAUUAAAAUCAGAACAUUUCAGUACUGUCAGCUGUCAAAACUUAUACAAAUCAGUUUCACUUACCUCAUUUGCAUAUUGUGUAGUAGAGAAGAAUUUAAGGGAAACAAGAUAAAUAACAAUGAAAAACAAAUGUGUACCAAGAGUGUAUAUAUAACUUAUUACUGUACUGUAAAUAUGCAUCAGUAGAAAAGUAUUAAUAAAAUCCUACAUAAAAUUGUGCUUUUCAUUCUACUUGGGUAAAUUUGGUACACCAUUGAACGGGUUUGCUUAAUUUUACCGUACAUGGGUAAUUUUGCAGGAAUUUAGUUCAUGGAUAAUCAAAUUUGAUUUAAUUGUAUUUGGUUGAUGUCAUUAACUCUACGAUGAUUUCACUUUAUUUUCAUUUACACAGGUGAGUUUGUGGGCAACAGAAUAUUGAAGGAUUUAUCUUGGUUUUUCUACACAGGAGAGAUUUUGCAGGUGUUUCAUUCAUGAAUGAUUUUAAAUGAUUUAACUUUACAUG